ACGUAGAAUCUAAUAUUCACUAAUUAAUGCUAGUCAGUAAUUUUAUAAACUAAAUAUUAAAGGUACUCUGGCUCUUAAACAUGUGGACACACAAGGUCAAACAAAAAAACAAUAAUAAGGCAAACUCCGCGUGGAAAAUGUUACCAAUGUAUUAAAAAUCAAUUAACCAACUGUAAAAUAAAGCUAUCUAUAAAGAGAUCUCAUCUAUAAAUGCAUACACAAAGCAUUCGUCAUAAACCACACUCAAUUCAAACUCUAGAAAGAAUACUUUUAACAAUGGCUUCUUCUUCUUCAAACAAGCUUGUGUUCUUAGCUUUCCUUCUCCUGUUCGUAUUCUCAAACAAUCUUGUGGCUGGAAAACCCCAGAAAGUGAAACUCAAUCUUUACUACGAAUCACUUUGUCCAUACAGUCAGAAAUUCAUAAACGAUGAUCUGGUGAAACUCUUUGAGUCCGAUCUCCACAGAAUCACCGAUCUCAAGCUCGUUCCAUUCGGUAACGCAAAAGUCUCCGAUAACCUAACUGUCACUUGCCAGCAUGGUGAAGAGGAAUGUAAACUAAACGCCAUUGGAGCUUGCGCCAUAAAAACUUGGCCCAAUCCGAAAAUGCACUACUGGUUCAUAAGGUGCGUUGAAAAGGACACGAAAAACUGGGAAUCAUCAUGUUUUAAGACAUAUGGUGGUGAGAAAGCCAUAAGAGAUUGUUACUCCAGUAAUCUCUCUAAAAAACUUAUACUUGGUUAUGCAAAGCAGACUUUGAAUUUGAUGCCGAAGAAAGAAUACGUCCCGUGGGUCACAGUGAACGGCAAGCCACUCUACGAAAAUUAUGAAGAUUUUGUGGCCCAAAUGUGCAAAGCGUACCAAGGAAAGGCUCCUCUCCCAAAAGUUUGCAAUUCUUCUGCCUCGGCAAAGAAGAAAGUGUUGAAGCUUCAAGUCUCGUAUGGUGAAGAUUUCCAUCACUAAAAAAGUACUUAUUGAACUAAGUUGGAUUUAAGCUUAAUUAUGUGUGUAAGCUGAGUGAUUAAUAAAAUAAUAUUUGUAAUACCCA